GUUGUGGUCUUUUUCAUAGCAAUUAAUGGAGCGAGUUCUUCGUAUGAAGGGUGGUGUGGGAGAAACAAGCUAUGUAAAUAACUCAUUAAUUCCGAAAAAAGCAAUAAUGAAGGUGAAAACUUUACUUGAUGAGAACUUGAAAAUGAUGAUAUCGGACACAACUUUUAAUAGUUGUUGGAAAGUAGUCGAUUUAGGUUGUUCUUCAGGACCAAAUGCACUUUUGGUUGUCUCAAAUAUCAUGAAAGUCAUUGAUAAAAUUAGCUUAAGCUUAAACCAUGAGCUACCAGCAUUCCAAAUUUACCUCAAUGAUCUAUAUGAAAAUGAUUUCAAUACCAUCUUGAAGUUACUACCUGAUUUCCACCAAAGCAUACAACAAGAAAGAGGAGAGAAUCAUGGACCAUGCUUCAUAAAUGCAACACCAGGGAGCUUCUAUGGAAGACUGUUUCCCAAUAAUUACAUAGAUUUUUUUCAUUCUUCCUAUUGUGUCCAUUGGCUAUCACAAGCACCAAAAUAUUCAACCAAGAAAGCAGAACCACUCAUCAAGGGUAAUAUCUGCAUAACAAGAAUGAGCCCUCCAUCAGUGUAUGAGGUAUAUGUUGAGCAAUUUGGAAGAGAUUUCAAGAAUUUUCUAAGGUCACGCUCCGAUGAACUAGCUAUGCAUGGUGUGAUGGUACUAACUUUAAUUGGGAGAGAAAAAAAUGGUGAAAUUACUUCUUAUGAGGCACUAGGCAUGGUACUCGACGAGAUGGUCCAAGAGGGUUUAGUUGAAGAAGCAAAAUUGGACAUGUUUAAUUUGCCUCUAUAUCAUCCUACUAUAGAGGAAGUGAAACAAAUGAUCGAGGCAGAAGGAUCUUUUACCCUUCAAACACUGAAGACAUUUAAAAUCGGUUGGGAUGCAAACCUACAAGAAGAUAUUGUUGAUUAUGUCGUUGAUAGCAAUAUGAGAGGAGAGUUCAUAGCCAAGUAUCACAGAGCUUGUUUUGAAUCUCUUUUAAUAGCUGAGUUUGGUGAAAAUGUCAUGGAUGAAUUAUUCUCAAGGUUUGCAAAGCUAAUUGCACAAUUCAUUGAGAUAAAGUCACCAGAUUUUUUCAAUAUUGUGUUGUUUAUGAAUAAGUGUCCUUAAACAAGGUCGAUGGAUAUUGCAACAUUAAUAUGAAUUAGAAUAAGGGAUAAAGAUAUUUCCCAGGCAUCAAAGAAUAAGGAAUAAAAGUACUACUUGGUUAGGUAAGUGUUGUCCAAGUGAAAAUUCUCUCAAUGUUGGAGAAUAUCUUAUUCAACAAGAAAGAUUUCAAUGUGAAAUCAUUAGAAUGUGAAUGUCAAUGUGAAAUCCGUUAUACUUAUUUUCAUCUCCUUCAACAUAUUUGG